GAUCCGUAUUCUUAAAGUGGCGCCAUCUUAUCGAACAUCGGCUAAAGGUUGUGGCGCCAUCGCUCGAAACGAUGCCGCCAUACCUUUGCUAUUUGAUCUAUUAGAUGGCGCCACUUUUUGAUAUUUAACAAAUUUAAUACAUAUCUAUGAAAGAAUAAGGAUCAAAGUCAAAUGGCGUUUUUCAAGUUUUCUUUGACAAACCACCUCUAUUUCUAAUUAUCUUUGCUAUUAAUCAUAUAAACGGUCAUAUCGCGAUAUAAUUUAAUUACUUUUACUUUAAAUCGCAAGCAAGAAUCGUACUAAAUACUCGACUUAUGGCGAUAUCAUAUAGUCAUAGUACAUAUAAACAUGUAGUAUAAUUAUACUAUGUUUUAUUUCUCAAAUGAAUGUAAAACGAUGUCCUUUGGUUCCUACCUAAAAUCAUAUGAAAAACUCGUACCAUGUAAAUAUAUCUUUAUCGUCGUAGGUACAAUAUUUUUUUUAACAUACAAAAUAUGAUGAAUUUUAAGCCAAAAAUUUCUUGACCAAUUUCAAAAGAUCUUUAGAAUAAAGCAGAAACUAAUUAUACUGAAAGAAACUUAUUUCUACUGUCGGAAAGUUCAUCAAUGUUAAUACGUUACAUAUUAUGUAUAUCGAUAUUAAUAUAUCGAAUCGUAUCGCAUCGAGGUAUAUCUUGCUAUGCGAUUUCCGGCUGUUUAAUAUUGACAAAAAAAAAUAGCUGUAAUGUAAGAAAAUCGAAUGCACAUAUUCACCUUAAAAACUAAGAUUGCAAGAUUUUACGAUAUAAAUGUUUUGUAAAUUCUACAGUCGUAGAAAUAUUUAUUAUUGGACCAUGAAUUCGAAAAAUUAUAUAAUUUAAGUGCCAAAAUUUAAAAAGCUACAUUUUCAUUGUGAUUAAAUAUUCCAUUUAUGUUUCUAAGCAUAUAUUUGUUGUUUUAGUUUAUUUUCAUAUAUGGAUUCUUCAAGUUUAUUUUCAUACUUGUUUUCGCUUUUUGAGAUUUUAUUUUUGAUUCAUAUUUUACCAUGUUCACUGCAAUUAGAUUUAGGGAUAACGUGAUAUGAAUUGUGGGAUAUUUGUAUACGAUGCCCUACUAAUAAAAAAAAAAUUAUAAAUAUAUCUGGGUCAAAAAAAAUUUCGGUGUCUUGUUUCUGACCACUCUGUCACGCUUGUAUCUAUGUCUUAUAUCAAAUAAAUAAAUAAAAAGUCGAGUGCUAUCGCAUGUCUUUCGAGCCGUAAAUUAUAUUUUACACGAGAAAAAUGAAAAACUAAAUUUCAUCUCAUGCAAAAAGCUCCACUCUGUCACAUUUUGACGGGGACAAAAAACAAUACAUCGAAAAGCAUUUUGAUCCAUCUAUAUAUUUUUUACAUUAGGGGAAACUCGGAUAAUUAUAUGAUAUGGGAAAUAAAGUGAUAUUAUUUUUAUUGCUUAUGCGAUCUAAACACUAUGAGUAAUAACAAAGAGAAUUUGAAAUAGAGAUGGAUUGUCAAAGAAAACUUUGUAGCCACAGUAAAUUUACUGCCAUCUUUCGAUACAUGAUUAAAACUUAAGCAAAUAAUAUUAAGAUAUAACAGAUUAGGAUAAAAAAUAACCCAUAAGAUGUUAGGACUAUCAUAAUUAAGACAUAUCAGCGUUAGAACAUAUGAACAUAUGAACAUAUGAACAAACUCCAUUUGACUUUCACCCUUAUUCUUUCACUGAUAUGUGUUAAAUUUGUUAAACAUCAAAAAGUGGCGCCAUCUAAUAGAGCAUAGGCCAAAGGUAUAGCAGCAUCGUUUCGAGCGAUUUAACAAAUUGAACUAUCAGUGAAAGAAUAAGGACCAAAUUCAAAUGGCGUUCUAAAAGUUUUAAUCAUGUGUCGAAAGAUGGCAGUAAAUUUACUGUGGCUACAAAGUUUACUUUGACAAUCCAAAUUCUCUUUGGUAAUAAUGACAUUACUUCCGAGUAAUACGAAGUUAUUAUUGAUAGUGUAGCGAGUGAAAUUAAAUGAAGUGGAAUUUGGUACGAUACAAUAUAAUGAAGUUAUUAUUCGCGUCCUACUAAUAGUCUGGACCGCAUUAAACAAUAGUAACAAAAUUAACCAAGCAACAGUGAUAUUAUUAUACAGUAUCUGUCAUGUUACCUAUGUUAUGCUAUACACAUAUUAAAAUGUAAUUUAAAGUAGUAGUAGAUACGCACAUUGUUAGAAUCGAAUCGUACAAAUGUAUUAAUACUUUUGGAUAUCUUUACAAUUUUCAUAGGUUUUUAAACUUUUGCGGGCAAAAUAAUUAUAGCAAAAAAAACCGUUUGUUUUUUUGUUGAUAGAAACACUUCUUUAUACAGGAUGUUUAUUUAGUUACCUGCAAUAAUUUACUGGGUGAAUAUAUAGGUCAUAUUGAGCAACUUACUAUGGGACCAACCCAGAAAUAACGAAGAAAAAGUUGCUUAAUUGAUAUAUUUUGGCUUUUUGACCUUGACAUUUUCUAUAGGAGGGAGUAUUUUUGUCCCAUAGUAAACGUUGCUUAACAUGACCUAUAUAUUCAGCCCGUAAAUUAUUGCAGGUGACUAAAUAAACACCCUGUAUAAAGAAGUGUAUCCAUCAACAAAGAAAACAAACGUUUUUUUUUUCUUUGCUAUAAUUAUUUUGCCUGACUAAAUAAACAACCUGUAUUUAAUUAAUAGGUACUUCAAAAGUUUACUCUAGAUUUUAAUCACCUCUGUCGACUAAACAUUAAAUGUAGACUAAUUGUAUUAUGAUUAAUUUUUUCACUCGAGCUUAACAUAGCAUUGUAUAAUGCCAUCCAGGACACAGUAAAUGUAUCUCAUAACCAUUGCAUUUUAGAACUCAUAUUUUUAUGUUAUAUUUUAAGGGGCUCCUGGCGCCAAUGACCUUCGUGCGUUAUUUUUACACGUUAUUGAUUCAAAUAAUUCGAUUUCAACUUAAAUAUUAAAGAUUGUGUAUUAAAAUAAUGAAAUUAUGCAUGCAAAAUAAAUAUUGCAUAGAGAUUCUUUGUUACCAUUUUGCAUAAGACCAUUCUAACGAAAGAUUUUGUAUGGUGGAUUAUUUAUAGGUGAAUGUAUUGUACUUAUAUAUAUUUUUAUAUAUAGCUUUACCUGUGACUAACAUAGUGCAGUGCAGACAUGAAUAUUUUGUUGUACCAUCGCCCACACUGUUAAUUCACCAUCGGUGGACCUUAUUACAAGAGGCAUAAGGUCCACCGAUGGACAGUUAAGUGUUGCUGUUUGUACGUUAUUAAAGUUUUUUGUUGUAACUUUGCAUUUUAAUUCGAGCUCUUAUUCAACUAAUCCCAAAUUUAUGAAAUUUAUUUACCCGUAGGUGGGUAUGUACUCAUUUCCAAGGUGUCACACUAUUCCAUGUUUCCAUGUACUUAUUAUUUAUGUAUAAAUUAUUUUUAUGUCGAUCUGUAAUACUCCCUAUUUUUGCAGUCCAGCUUCAUGAGUGGUAUGGAAGGUAGAGGCAAGGAACAGUAUCUCCUUAGACAGACCUGUUGCAAAAGUGUCCAGCUGUCAGCUAUAAAUAAUAGUUCCAAAUCUCUUCAAAAUAACGCUAGAGUAGCUAAGAACCUAGGCGUUACUGACGGAGUCAAGUGCGCUGUCUAGGCAUGAUUAGAUUUUUUUCUCAAGUAUUCUAGGUAUUGUAGCGCCACCUAUUUAUGGUUUUUUAUCGGACACAUUUUGGUAUAUGGAGAUCAAAUGGAGAUUCUGUGCAAAUAUGCAAGCAAAUACUCUGGGUGUAAGACCAUAAUUUUUUUAAAGUAAAACCUCUUUUACGUAAGACACUGACAUAGAAAUGUCAAUCUCAAAAAUGUCAUGAGAAUAAAACAUGCUAAUGCUAAGCAUGUUUAUGCAAAUUUACAAGUGAAACAUGAGUAUAACUUAAAACAUGGCUUUUAAACCUACCGAUCGAAAUACCCUUAACCAGAAGACGAAACGCAACAACCAGUAUACAAUGUCGUAGUGCUCAUUUUUCAUCAUGAAUACUAAAUUCAAUAAGAAACUCAAUCCCUAUCUGUACCCUUUCAAGAUGAAAUCCCACGCUAUUUUAAAUCCUCAGACUUUUCAGACCUCAGCGACACAAUUUCCGAACAAAACUACGGAGAACCUCUUUCAAAUAGACUCGAAAAAAGAUUGGUUCUUGCUAACGAAUAAUAAAAAGAACAAGAUUUUCACGGUUUAACGAAUUCCGACACAAUUCCUGUUGUAAUGGUAAAAACCAAGGCUAACACAUAUAACGGUCUAAAAACGAUGUUUAUUCCUUGUAAUAGGUUAAAUCCUGUAGCACUAACACCACAAUAUGAACCAUAUCCAAAGACUGUUGAAGAGCGAAAAUCCUUUGAAGCAGUUUUCACCGUACCAAAAAUUACUACCGUCACUCUAAACGGGCCACAUCUUAUAAAUCCGUCUUGUGAGAGGCCAAAUCCUCGGUAUAUGGUCUUUGAGAGCUCAAAAUCGCAUAUCUUUGGAAGACCACUACCGGAGGAUGUGUCUUGGACCAGGAUAGAUCGGGCCCAGAAAAGAUUGGAAAUGAUACCUACCAGGGCAAAAGUGGCCAUGGGAGUGGUUUCCGGCAUGAUAGCCACCACAGCCGUUCACCCGCUGGACGUGAUCAAGGUCCGUCUGCAGCUGUUCCCAAAAAAGGUGACGACAAUGAGGAUGCUCCACCGCAUCAUGGUCUGCGAGGGCACCCGGGGGCUCUACGCCGGCCUGACGGCGGGGCUGUUGCGGCAGCUGACCUACACAGGCUCACGGCUUCACGUGUACAACGCACUUUAUGAUAAAUAUAAAAAAGACCACGACAAGGGUCCAGACUUCGCAGCGCGUCUCCGCAUCGCCAUCAUCGCUGGGCUGGUGGGUGCGUUCAUGGGCACGCCCUCGGAGAUGGGGCUGGUGCGCAUGAUCGAGAUUGGGCGACUGCGGCGCUCGCGCUGCUCUCCACCCUGCUCCGUGUCGUGCAAAUAUGUACAACGUCCCGAAAACGUCGUCAAGCAGCUGCUGAGAAUAGCCCACAGAGAAGGCGUGGCGACGUGGUGGCGCGGCGCCGUACCCACGCUCAUACGGUCCAUCUUCGUCACUACAACACAAGUCGGCGUUUAUUCCGAGGUCCGAAAAGCGUUCACCCGAGGUGAACAUAUGGACACCGGCAUCAAACUGCAUCUGUACACCGCUCUCAUCUCCAGCCUCUUUUCUGCCUUUCUGUCGCUGCCCGUCGACCAGGUUAAGACCAGAUAUCAAUCAUAUCAUGAGCGUCACCGUCGCAGCGUGGACAUCCUUACAGGCAUGCUCCGCCAGAAAGGAGUCCGGUAUCUGUGGAAAGGCUUCCUCCCCUACUACAUACGGCAAGUCAUCCAUACCGUCAUCUCUUACGUCGUGCUGGAUGCACUUGUUGAUCAAUACGUCGACUUCCAAGAGGCGACACAGCCUAAGAGAUAGACUUCUAAGUCCGAAGACGUGUGUUAUUUUUGGCUAUAUUCCUAAUACGUGCGGCAGGAUCACAUGAUUAUCAAUAGAUACGUGGUGCUGGUUGAAAUGAGAAAGAAGUAACCGCUCAAAACCGACUUAAAUUUCCAAGGCUGCACGCCAAGAGCUGCGUUUAGUAAGUACCUAUCUAUAUGGUACUCCUAUAGGUGUUUGUCACUCCUAAGACCCAAGGGGUAAGGUAUCUUUGUCAAGAUUCCUACUUAUGUGGUGCUGGAUGAAAUUAUAAAGAAGUAACAGUGCUACGUUAAGUAUGGUACUCCCAAUACGUUAAGUAUGGUACUCCCAAUGUCCUGUCCCAAGAAGUGAGGUAUCUUUAUGGCAAAAUUCCUACUAAUAUGUACGCCAGUAGGGCUAAGAUGGUCGGCUCUUUAUCAUUUGUCACCAUGCCCGUCACGUUCUAACAAGUACGUAAGCGCGAAAGUGAUAGGCAUAGUGACAAGUGAUAAAAAUGGAACCAUGCUGCCACCGCUGAAUCACAUAGCUAUUACCUGUGUGGGGCUGUAUGAAACUAUAAAGAUACACACAGCACACAGCCUAAGACCGACAUAGAGACUUAAA